AUGACGCUGUUAUUGCACGCUACUCUUCCCCUGCCACUGCAGCCCUUAGCUGCCUCUUCCUACCCUUCCUGUGCUACCCGUGGCACCCCUCGCACGCCCUUCUUUGAGGGGUGCUCCCCCUCCCCCCUUGCCCCCUCUGUUGCCUCUGCCGCUGCUGUCGACUUCCUGGGUACUGAGGAGGUCGGGGCUGCUUCUGCUCCUAGUGGGAAGCGCCGCAGUGGCAAGGGCAAGGGCGGCAAGGGUGGUGGGGGUGGCGGUGGUGGGGGAGGUGGGGGAGGUGGCUGGGGUGGUGGAGGUGGUGGAGGUGGUGGAGGUGGAGGUGGUGGUGGUGGUGGAGCGAGUGGGAGCGUCGGCGGCAGCGGGGGUGGUGGUGGCGGCGGUCGUGGUGGCGGUGGGAGCAGUGGUAGCGGAUCUGGUAGCGGCGGAAGUGGCGGCGGCGGCGGUGGUGAUCACUCUGGAGCUGGUCAGCAGCAGCAGCAGCAGCAGCGUCCGCGUGAGGCCCUCUCACCCCAGCAGCUUCGUGAGUGGCUUGCUCAGCGUGCUGCGUCUAGGGGUGGUGGUAGUGGUCGCUGCUCAUACGUUAUUCGCACUGGUAGUCGCGCUGGUCAAACGUGCGGGAAGUUCCACACCCCGCACCGCUGUUUCUCUCGCCUAGACGACGCCUGGCGUCAGGAGAUGGGCGAUGAUUAUGAGCGGCCCCGCUGGGCUGCACUGCUUAACUCUGGUGUUGAUAUCUUUGCUCUACACUUCAAUACUAUCAUUGCUGGAAUGUAUGCUCUGUCUACUAGUGUUGAGGGUGACUGCUACUUGUGUGCACCGUAUGACCCCAGUAUAGAGGCUGCUGCUCUAGGUGCUAGUGAGUCUGCUCUCUCUGGUACUGCGCCUGCUGAGGCCUCGUACACCUUCACUCUUGACUUAGGUGCUGCACGCUGUUUCUUUCGCGACAGCACCACACUCACACCACUCACUAGAUUGGUUGCAGUUUCACUGGCUGACCCUUCAGGGGGCCCGGAUGUUGCACACUCCUCCACUGUGCUCCCGUGUCCGGCGGUUCCGUCCGGCUCACUGUCAGGUCUCCACCUCCCCUCGUUCUCUAAGAACUUGGUGAGCAACGCUGUCCUCCAGGAUCAGUGGGUUGACACCUUCACUCCUGGAGGCCUGCGUGUGGCGAUCUGUAAUUGCUCCACGAUGGGCCGUCACCUUGCCACGUUCACACGUGAGCCUGGGUCCAGUCUGUACACCCUCACCACAGUGACGCGCUACGCUCCUAGGUCCCCUCAGCUGUCCGCGUCAGCUCAGGUCGCUACCCCUUUUGAGUAUCGCCGCCUGUCACACCAGACUCUCCUCUGGCACCACAGGCUUGGUCACCCCUCCCUGCCUUGCCUUCGUGGCAUGCACUCGCGUCUUCUGGUCUCUGGUCUUCCCAGGUCUCUGCCUUCCCUCCCACCCUCGCCUGCCCCGCCCUGCAUUCCUUGCGUCGAGGGGCGGCAACGCGCCGCUCCUCACUCCUCCUCGUUUCCCCCGACGACUGCUCCCCUGCAGACUCUCCACCUGGACGUGUGGGGCCCAGCCCGCGUCCAGGGAGUGAGCCAGGUGGUGAGUUCUCCUCCGACCUCUUGCGGGGCUUUUGUCGUGGGGUUGGGCAUCCUCCAGUCGUUCACGCUUCCGGGCUCCCUGCAGCAGAAUGGGGUUGCUGAGCGCCGCAUUGGAUUAGUCAUGGAGGUGGCUCGUACCUCCAUGAUCCAUGCGGCUGCUCCCCAUUUUCUGUGGCCGUUUGCGGUCCGAUACGCUGCGCAUCAGCUCAACCUCUGGCCCCGUGUCUCCUUGCCAGAGACCUCGCCCACCCUGCGUUGGACGGGGGAGGUUGGCGAUGCGUCGCAUUUCCGGGUCUGGGGUUCCUGUGCCUUUGUCCGCGAUUCCACCGCGGGCAAGCUCUCCUCUCGCGCCAUUCCCUGUGUCUUCCUUGGCUUUCCCACUGACGCGCCUGGUUGGCAGUUUUACCACCCCACCUCGCGCCGUGUCUUCGCGUCCCAGGACGUCACCUUUGACGAGUCGGUAGACCCUCCUCCCUUAUCUGAGCCUGUUGAGGUCACUGGUGACUCAGGUGCUACUGGGGGUGGUCCUACUCGAGGUACUGCGUCUGGGGGUGCUGAGCCUGGGGGUGCUGAGCCUGGGGGUGUUGAGCCUGGGGGUGCUGAGCCUGGGGGUGCUGAGCCUGGGGGUGAGGAGCCUGGGGGUGCUACGUCUGGGGGUGCUGGGCCUGGGGGUGCUGAGCCUGGGGGUGCUGCUUCUGCGAGAGCUGAGCUAUGCGAGUGGCUCGCUCAGCGCACUCGCCUCCGGCGCGGCACUGCUGGAGGUGAUGGAGCUGGGGACACCGGCACUGGAGGUGCUGGAGCUGGAGGCGCUGGAGCUGGAGGUUCUGGAGCUGGAGACGCUGCCGCUGGAGGUUCUGGAGCUGGGGGUUCAGGAGCUGGAGCCGCUGCCGAUGGAGGCGCUGGAGCUGCUGGAGGUGCUGCUGCUGGAGGUUCUGGCGCUGCUGGAGCUGGUGGUGCGACUGGUGCUGGUGGUGCUGGUCGUUCGAGCACUGCUGGUCCCGAAGGUGCUCGCACUUCGAAUGCUCAAGCUGUCGGCGCUGGUAGUGCUGCGGACCCUGGAGCUGGUGUUUCUGCCCAGCCGCGCCUGUUCUUUGCUCCACCGUCGCCUACGACCCUGCCACCACCUGACUCUGUCCUUUGCCAAGUUCUUACCCUUUCAUCUUCUACUGGCCUUCCGUUAGAGCCUGGCUCCCUACUGCCUGCGCCUUCUCCUUACCCUGCGCAGUCUGAGUCGCCUGCAGAGCAUCGUGAGCCUGCGUCUCGUCCUGCCUCGCCUGUUCGCACUGUCCACACUGGCCGUCGUGUCCCGCGUCCGCGUCCUCCCCCUGUGCCAGGUACUCACACUAUGGCACUUCGUCCUUCCUCUGCUCCUCAGCGCGUCCCUCUGCCGUCUCCUCCUGCGUCCUCUCUUCCUGACGUUCCGGACCCUGAGUCUGACCUGGUUCGUGCUGCUCAACCUACUGUUGUCACUGACCCUUCGUUUGAGUCCGCUGCUGCGUCUGCCUUAGUUGCUGAGCUUGUUGACUUUGCUGCUGCUUGUCGUCUCGACUACGCCGCUAGUCUUGUUGCUGAGUCUGAGUCUGUCUGUCCUCCGUCCGUCGAGGGUGAGUGUGCUCUUGGCACGGACGUCCUUGAGGACAGACAGGAGGACCUUGAGUGUCUUGCGGCCGCUGCGCCUCAUCUCGUGGCCAUGCUGCUUGCCCCUGAGGGAGACCCGAAUGCACUGGACAUCCCGACCCUGCGCUCUUACGCAGAGGCGAUAGAGGGUCCCUACUCCUCUCAGUGGCAGACAGCCAUGGACGCAGAGAUGGCAUCCUGGAAGUCCACAGGCACUUAUGUCGACGAGGUUCCCCCUCCUGGGGCGAACAUUGUCGAUGGCAUGUGGAUUUUCAGGGUGAAGCGGUCGCCGGGUUCUCCGCCUGUCUUCAAGGCUCGUUACGUCGCACGAGGCUUCAGUCAGCGACAAGGAGUUGACUUCUUCCAGACCUUCUCCCCUACCCCGAAGAUGACCACUAUUCGGGGCAGUUUGCAUGAGGAGAUCUCGCUGCGCCGCCCACCUGGCUUCACUGGGUCGUUCUCUCCUGGUACCCAGUGGAGCCUCCGCCGGCCAGUCUACGGUCUCCGUCAGGCACCUCGUGAGUGGCACGACACACUGAGGAUGACACUUGCGGCUCUUGGGUUUGCUCCUUCCACUGCUGACCCGUCGCUGUUUCUGCGCACCGACACCUCGCUGUCGCCGUUCUACAUCCUCGUGUACGUCGACGACUUGGUCUUUGCCACUGCUGACACUGAGGCACUCGCCCUUGUGAAGUCGGAGCUGUAG